AAACCCUCGAAAUUCAAUUUCAUGAAACCCUACCAAAACCUCGAAUCCCAGAAAAUCAAAAGGAAAACUAGCUAACGAAGACGAACUAAUGGCAGUCUCUUUCAUUUCUAUUGCACUUAAAGCUGUCUCGAUAUCGUCUCGCUUCUUCCCUAAGUUUGCACGAAGAGAUGCAAUCAGUUUUGUUGGGGCUUGCACACGCAAUCAUUCUUCUGUAGGUGAUGUUUCGGAGUACCAAUGUGAUGCAUUUCAUGAUGAUAGCAAAGAAAUAAAGAAAGGCAGUGAUCUACGUGAAGCACUCUCACGACUUGCUGGGGAUUUUGACAGAGAGUCUAUGUUGUCCUUGCAACGUUUCUUCAGCUCACGACAUACUCCUGUGUUAUCUACAGGCUCAUUAAAGCUUGAUCUAGCACUUGGGAUUGGAGGAUUACCAAAGGGAAGAAUGGUUGAAAUUUAUGGGCGAGAAGCAUCAGGCAAGACAACCUUAGCGCUUCAUAUAAUCAAAGAAGCUCAAAAGCUUGGAGGGUAUUGUGCAUAUUUUGAUGUGGAGAAUGCUAUGGACCCUUCACUUGCUGAAGCAAUAGGUGUAAACACACAAAAUCUUCUUGUUUCACUUCCUGAUUGUGCUGAGAAUUUGCUUUGUGCUGUUGACACACUGACCAAAAGUGGAUCUGUAGAUGUAAUUGUGAUUGAUAGCGUUGCUGCCCUUGUUCCUCAGUGUGAACUUGAUGGUUCAAUUGGCGACAUUAGGUGUGAUGUACAAGCACGGAUAAUGAGUCAAGCACUUCGGAAAAUUUCUUUUUCUUUAAGCCGUUCCCAUACUCUAAUUGUAUUUCUUAAUCAGGUCAGACAUAAUGCGAAACAAGGUCAAGCUUUCGGGCAUAUGGAUGAGGUCACUUGUGGUGGAAAUGCCCUGAAAUUUUAUUCAGCAAUACGGUUGAGGAUGAUAAGAACUGGAUUGUUGAAGAAUGAGGAUAAGGUAACUGGCUUGGGUGUUUGUGUUCAAGUGGUGAAAAACAAGCUGGCACCCGUAAUGCAGAAAGCGGAGCUCGGAAUACAGUUUGGUAAAGGAUUUUGCCGUGAAUCCGAGAUCCUGGAGUUGGCAUGCGAGUAUGGAAUUAUCAAGCAAGAAGGAAGCAACUACUUCAUCGAUGCUAAGCGUUUCGGUGAUAAACGGGAAGCCGAACGAUACUUGGCCGAGAAAGAGGGGGUUCUUGAAGGUAUGGCCAUGGCUUUAAGGGCGAUAUUAUUCGAAAAGAAUAGCUGAGGAGAGCAUCGGAACCGGACUCGUCCGAAUUCAAACCGAAGGUUCAAAAUGGUCUUUAAAUGCAUUAGCUCGGAUGGCUUAAUCAUGCCAAUCUAACAAGAAAGGUGAAAAGUGUAUUCUAGUGCGAAAAUAUCAUUCAUUAUCUAUUGUUGAAAGAAUU